GCCUGUUUAGCGUUGCGAUGCAGUGCCGACUAGCACCACUCAAUCGAAGCUCGAACAGCGGUUUAAAAACUGGAGCAAGGCGCUAAGAUUCACCCUUUUAAUUGAUUUGGGAACAACAGACGCAAAGGAAGCUGUCACCAUGCCAUUUGGGUGCCUUGCCUUACGAGAGGGACGGAACUACAACAGCCUAUCAGAAAUCGCUGACAAGUAUGAGAUUGGACAAGUGCUGCGAGCGAAGGAGUUCUGUGAGCUGUGCCUGGCGAAGGACAGACAGACGAACAAGGUCUUUGGCUGCAAGAAGUUCAUCAAGAAAGACGGACGCAAAGUCCGCAAGGCGGCCAAGAAUGAGAUCAUGAUCCUGAAGAUGAUCAAUCACCCCAAUAUUCUUCAACUCAUUGACACAUUUGAGACCAAAAAGGAAUACUUCAUCAUACAGGAACUUGCCAGCGGAGGAGAUGUGUUUGACUGGAUCCUGGACCAGGGGAACUAUACAGAGCGAGACGCCUCCCGGGUCAUCAAGCAGGUUCUGGAGGCCGUGGCGUACCUGCAUUCACUGAACAUCGUCCACAGAAACCUCAAGCUGGAGAACCUGAUGUACUACAACCACAACAAUCACAGCAAGGUGGUUCUGCGGGAUUUCUACCUGUCCUGCUUUGAGAAUGGCUCCAUCACUGAGCCCUGCGGGACCCCGGAGUACCUGGCUCCGGAAGUUGUAGCCCGACACAGGUACGGCCGUCCUGUUGACUGUUGGGCGGUGGGAGUCAUCAUGUACAUCCUUCUGUCGGGAAACCCUCCUUAUUACGACGAGACCGAAGAAGAGAACACAGACCUCCACAAUCGAUUCAUUUUCUGCAAGAUCGUAGCGGGGGAGUUUGAGUUCGAUUCUCCUUACUGGGAUGACAUCUCACCUGCAGCCAAGGCGCUGGUGUGUCGCCUGAUGGAAGUGGAUCAGAUGCUGCGGAUCUCUGCGCAGGACGCGCUGUGUCAUGAGUGGAUCGCUGGGGACGGAGCGGCAGAGAAGAAUCUGAAGGAUGGCGUGUGCGCUCAGAUCAAGAAGAACUUUGCCAAAGCAAAAUGGAGGAAAGCAAUCCGAGUCACCACCUUCAUGCAGAGACUCCGCGCCCCCGAUUCUGCUGGGAGGGGGGAGGUGGGGAGCGGGCGUCUGCCAGUCACCCCGAGGAGUUCCAUGAGCGUUUCUCACGAGGUCACCAUCGAGAACCUUCCGGAACCUUCGGAGAACCAGCAGUCGCACAAGCCCCCCGCCAUGCUGAUUCUGAGCCCUUCCGUCGGCCUGUCUCCCACAUCUACCAUGGAUAACCUUCCUUGGAAAAUGGCAGCCGUUCUAGAUCACGGAAGUGAGAACAAGGUUCUAGAUCAAACCAAGCCUUCGCUUGCCAAGGUUCUAGAUCGCAAGGAGCCCAAAACGGCCAUCGCUAUUCUAGAUCACAAUCGAGAGGAGAAGACGACGGGCUGUCACGAUCACAGUGAGAGGAAAUCCACUCCAGGUCAAAGCCAGAGUAAGAAGGUCAUUGUUCUAGAUCAGAGUGAGGAUAGGAAAUUGCAUGGGGUUCCGGGUCAAAUGGAGAGGAAGUCUCCUGCCGCUUUAGAACACCGCAAAAUGGCAGCUGUUCUAGAUCGGAGAGACAAGGAACCUGGCCGCACUGAAGAUCAUGAUGACAAGAAAUCUGUUUCGCUUCUAGAUCAACACUGGGGAGAAAUGGCUGGCUUUCAAGAGCAGGACAAGGCAAAAAUGACUGACAGGGCAGCUGCUGCUAGCGUUCUAGAUCAGAAGCCAGUGAUCAUGGUUCUAGAUCAAGACAAGUGGAAAAUGGACACGGUGAUUGAACAAAUCGAGAAGCAGAUGGCCGCCGUUCUAGAGAAGAUUGAAGGGGAAAUGCCCUCCCUUCUAGAGCAGAUCAGCGACAGGCGAGAUUCAGAAAGGGAGCUAGGUUACAGGCAUUCUGUUCUUGAUCACUCACCGUUGGUCUCAGAGCAGAGGGAGAGGCAAGUUCUGCAUCACAGGAGCCCAUUUUUAGAUCGGAGGCAGGUUCUAGAACUAGGGUGUGGAGCGGAUGGUUCUAGACCCAGCCUCUCACGCCUCACCAUUGUCCCAGCAGCGGUUACCCACUCCCAGGAGCCAAUCACACACGAGGAUGGCGGGGCGGACAACGACGGGAGCCAAUCAGAGAGGGAGCAUGUCUAGGGAUGAAAGCAGCGACUGAGAAGGCAGAGCCACGCGUUUUUAAUAAAAUACAAAUCUACUUUCCUAUUGCUUUUUCUUUUCCUUUCUCGACGGAGCAGCUUUCUGCUAUGCUUUCUGCAUUCUGUAUUCUCAAAUUCUUUCAAUAAAACUUUGAAAAAAGGAU